UCAUUGUGUUCCUGCCUCCACUUGCCAGGCCAAGGGAAGUCAAACAGGUCCCUUCCCAAAACCGACUCAACUGGCCUUGGGUUUCCUGGGUUGAGGCUUUCUUUUCUUUUCUUUUUUUUUAACAUUUAUUUAUUUAUGUAUCUUUAGUUUUAGGCAGACACAUUAUUUUGUUUUUAUGUGGUGCUGAGGAUCGAACCCAGUGCCUCAUGCAUGCUAGGCGAGUGCUCUACCACGGAGCCACAACCCCAGCUGUGGGUUGAUGCUUUCUUUAUAAAAAUCUUCCUCCCAUCAUUGAGGUAUUUUGAAGAUUUAUGGCUUCAUCCAAGCCAUGUCAUUUCUGUACUUUCCUUUCAACCUUUCCAACAUGCAGAUGGUGCCCUCCUUGACCCUGAUGGAGCUCUGAGCCUCAACUCUCCUCUCCCCGCACCCUCUGCUGACAUGGGGCUACGGACAGAAUGAUGGUCUCCUGUUGUCUCCGACCCCAAAGGCCAUUUCAGACCUCGCUGAGUCUGUCUGGACUGUUCACCUAGUCUACAGAGUCUUCCUUGCCCCUUGUGUGACCCCCACCUACCAAUUCCAAGAAAGGUGGUGAGAAGGAGGCUUUCCUGCCAAGACCUGCAAGACUCCCUGGGGACUACAGGGGACUUGGCCCUUUUGUUUGUGGCUUUCUUUUGUUUUACUGAGACAGGCAGAUUCAGAGAUGAUUAUUUUCAUUUGUUUUAGUUAGCUUUUCCAUUGCUGUGAUUAAAUCACUCUGAAGAGGAAAAGUGUAUUUUGGUUCACAUAGUAUUUGGGUUCCAUAGCUCUGGACCAAAGGUGAGGCAAAACAUCAUGGUGGAAGAGUGUGGCGGAAGAAAGCAGCUCAGGACAUGACAACCAGGAAGCGAAGAGAGAGAGAGAGAUCUUCCCAACCAGGGACAAAAUAUAAACCCCAAAGUCUUGCCCCCAGUGACCCACCUCCUCCAACCGCACCCCACCUACCUGCAGUUACCUCCAAGUUAAUCCGUAUCAGUAGACUGAUCUACUGAUCAGGUUCUAACUCUCAUAAUCCAAUCAUUUUACCUCUGAACAUUCUUGUAUUGUCACACAUGAACUUUUGGGGGAUACCUCCUAUCCAAACAGUAACUAUAUCAGAAUCAUACUGUUUUUGACCAGAAAGAAACAGUGGCUCAAAAAUGCUUCAUUAACCUUAUCCAGAGUACUUGAGGCAGCAAGUGGCCAAGGGUUGGGAUAACCAGAGGAAUUCUUACAACACCUUGCUGUGUCCAUUUAAAAAAUUCUCUACCUGUUUAACAUUUGAAAGCUCAGCCAUAUUAAACAUCUUUUAAAAUUCAUAAGUAGCUUAUAAGACCAAAUUUGACAUCCCCUGCAAUAAUCGUAUGAAGGGGCCUCAUUAUGUUCUUGUAGUUUCAUGACCAGAAUUGACUGACCAUCUGACUUCAGAGAAUUAGGGCCAGUUUUGUAUGUGGCUGUGUAAAGAACCAUACCACUGUGAGCAUUACUGAAAUGUUUUUAAAUGUUUAAACAGGUCUCAAGAUAGGCUAGAUUAGGGAAGUGACAUUUUUGGAGGUGACAAUACAAGUAGCUUAUGGUAUUUCUUAUGAUUCUUUUAGAAGUGCAUUUGGCGAUUCACUUUUUGUGUUAUCCAGAGAGAACUUGUGUGUAAUGUCUACCCAAUGUCAACUUUUCUUUUCAGGUGACCUUCCAGGUCACUCCUCCAUGCACCAGUGACAGGCAUUACCAGCAUCUUGGGCGGUGCUGCAACAGAUGUGAACCAGGAAAGUACAUGUCUUCCAAAUGCACUACUACCUCUGACAGUGUGUGUCUGCCCUGUGGCCCGGAUGAAUAUUUGGAUACCUGGAAUGAGGAAGAUAAAUGCUUGCUGCAUAAGGUUUGCGAUACAGGCAAGGCCCUGGUGGCGGUGGACCCCGGCAACCGCACGGCCCCGCGGCGCUGCGCCUGCACCGCCGGGUACCACUGGAGCCAGGACUGCGAGUGCUGCCGCCGCAACGCCGAGUGCGCUCCGGGCUUCGGCGCCCAGCACCCCUCUCAACAUGGACACGGUGUGCAAGCCUUGCCACGUAGGCUACUUCUCAGAUGCCUUUUCUUCCACGGACAAAUGCAAACCCUGGACCAACUGUACCAUUCUUGGAAAGAUAGAGGAAUAUCCCGGAACAGAGAAAUCAGACGUGGUUUGCAGUUCUUCCCUGCCAUCUAGAAAACCACCGAAGGAACCACGGAUUUACUUGCCCAGUUUAAUUAUUCUGCUUCUCUUCAUAUCUGUGGCCUUAAUUGCCAUCGUCGUCUUUGGCAUUUACCAUAGGAAAAAAGGGAAAGCGCUAACAGCUGAUUUGUGGCACUGGAUCAAUGAUGCUUGCCGUCACGUAGGUGGAAAUAAGGCGUCCUCAGGCGACAGCUGUCUCAGCGCUCCCUCGGCAGGCUCGAGUCAGUGUGAAGUGUGUGAAGGUGUCUUACUGCUGACGCUGGAGAAGAUGGUUCCAGAAGCGAUGUGCUGUGCAGACGGAGCUGGUGUCUGUGGGGGUGCGUGUGUGGGAGGUGAGCCCUGUGCACAGGGCGAAGAUGCAGGGAUGUUCUCCUUGGUCAGCGAGGUGGAGAUCAAGGGGGACUCCAGCAGGCAGGUUCCUAUGGAGGACGAGUACAUGGACCGGCCCCCGCAGCCCCCAGAGUGUUUGCAGCUCCUGACCCAGCCUGGAAGCAAAUCCGCACCCCCUUUCCCUGAACCACUGGAGGUGGGGGAGAAUGACAGUUUAAGCCAGUGCUUCACGGGGACUGAGAGUACAGUGGACUCAGAAAGCUGCCACUUCACGGAGCCCCCGUGCAGAACUGAUUGGAUUCCCGUGUCCCCCGAAAAGUACUGGCAAAAAGAGGUGGAGGGUGGCAGUUAUGCCCCCUGGGCAGCCAGCUCCAGCUUGGGGGACAGCUACACAGGCUGUGGGAUCCCUCCUGGGGAGGACCAGGAACCCCUUAUGGGUUCCCUGAAACACGGACCUUUGCCCCAGUGUGCCCACGGCAUGGGCCCUCCCUCUGAAGAAGUGGCUGGUGGCGCAGAGUGGGGAGACAAGCCUGAGGACGGGGCUGAUGUAAGGCUUCCCAGCUCAGCAAGGGGAAGCGCUGGGUCUGGAACCGCCCCCAGUGACCAGCCACCUGCCACUGGGAACGUGACUGGAAACAGUAACUCCACGUUCAUCUCCAGCGGGCAGGUGAUGAACUUCAAGGGCGACAUCAUCGUGGUCUACGUCAGCCAGACGUCGCAGGAGGGCGCGGCGGGGCCGGGGGCCGCGGCGGAGCCCGUGGGCCGCCCGGUGCAGGAAGAGACGCUGGCGCGACGCGACUCCUUCGCGGGGAACGCGCCGCGCUUCCCGGACUCGUGCGCGGGCGCCGAGGCGCGGCUGGGCGCGGGGCUGCAGGAGCAGGGCGCGCCGGGGCCCGAGAAGGCCUCGCGGCCGGUGCAGGAGCAGGGCGCGGCCGCGUGAGUGUGGCCAGCCCUGCGGCGGACGCCCGGUGUCGCCUCCGGCCGCGCGGUGGCACCUGAGGUUGCAGCUCCGCGCCGGGAUCCCCGCCACGCAUCGGUACACUUGUGCACAGUGACCUGGCACCCUCUGCCCACCUUGCUCUUCGGAAAACCAGUGACUGCAAAACAGUAAACGGAUCGUGACUUCUCGCCGAGGUCCACAGCGGCUGGUCCACUCUCCGCGCAGGUGCACCUUGUGAUCUGCGCUGGGCACCUGUGACUACCUUGUAACUCCUUCCCCUCCGCCACCUGUUAUCUUGUAAUCAGCAACUUGUCCCUUUUGACAUGUUUUAUGACUGUCUUAUUCCAUCCAGAUCUCUAUCCCCCCCAUAUUUAUAUUUCACUUUCUUUCAUACCAUAUUUCUUGAUACUUUUGCCCUCUUUUCUCCCAAAUUAUCCUGGAGGUAACAGUCUCCUUUACAUAAUUUCUUUUGCAUCUCUUCUCUCCUCACAGUGUUCCCUGAUGGCUCUAAGCACUUUGAGGGGAAAGCUAGAAACUUUAAGCCUAGAAUGAGGUGCAGGGAACAAAUGGAGGGACACAUUUUCUGAGAAAGACAUUCUAUGUUCUCUUUUUCCAAAAGGAAGAAGAUGGCAAAUCAAAUGUUCUCCCUGAAUGUCCCCCACCCCAAUCCCUGAUCCUGGGGAUUGAACCCAGGAGGUGCUCUACCACUUACCUACACUUCCUGUCCUUUUUUUAUUUUGGGAAAGUGUCUCCCUGAGGCUGGCCUCGAACUUUCAAUUCUCCUGCUUCAACCUCCUGAGCAAUUGGGAGUAACUUCCAUUUCUCCUGCCCCCAGCCCUCUCCCCGCACACCAUGUUUUUAAAUCUAUAUAGAUCCUUGAGCAGAAUUAAGUUCAGCGCCUGGCCUUGCCCACUACGGGAUUUACUUGUCCACACUGGCAGAGGUAACAGGUACUUGGCAGGUACUUGGCAACUAAAUAUGUAAAAAUCCAAGUUGUUGUGGCUUGGCAUUCUUAUUCCUGAUGUCUCCCUGGAAAGGAUGCAGAAAAUGAGUAAGGACACAAGGCCAGCCUGCAUACAAAGUGAAAGGAGGGUGCCAGGAAAAUUCAAGAAAGAAUGAAUAAGUUGACAUAUUAAUUUGCAUUUCUCUUUCUAGAUAUGAAUGCCAUAAAUGUGUUUUGGCACUGGGCCCUCUUUUCCUCCUCAAUCCUGUGCAUCUCUGAUUUAGACUUGUAGAAGUAGAAAACAUUCUUGCUAUUUUCCAGUGCAUAUAAAUUACAAACAAAUCCCUGUGUUGUGAAUACAGGGAAAUUUAUUUUCCUGUGGGUGCAUCUCUUGGCAUUGGUUGUCUUGUGAGGAAACAGUGUAAGUCAGACCAUAAGGAGUCAACCGGGGAUUUACCUACUUUAGUGGCCAAUGAGCAUUGGUUCUCCUCAAACACUGAAGAAAAGGUAAAGCCCCUAAGCAAAUUAAAAUUAUUUUGCACAUCUGGUAGUGGUAAUGAUGGUUGCUGUGCAGACUUUACCAACCUCAAGUGUCCAGCUAAAGAGAAUGGCCCUGGCUUCACCCUCCUGGUUGCAGUUCUCCUAGAAAGGCUGGGGCAGCCGGAGAUGGGGAGGGGGCAGUUGAUUGUGAUUUCUAAUGGAGAAGCAGAGAAUGGCUCCUUCACUGGCAGAAAGAACUGUGGGAAAUAACUGCAGUGCCAGGAUGAUGUAUUGGUGGGAAUUUACAAUCUUACUCUUUUAGUUAAAAGUCCAUCCAAAGAGAGAUGCUACACAAAUGGAAGAACCCAUUAUACUUUUUUUUUCCAUUAUACUUUUUGAUAUGGAAUAUAUUAAACAAAGUUAUAAGUUUACAGAGUAGGCUGCUGAGCUAAAAACCCAUUUCUACUGUGACUGUCACCAUCUCACUGAGAUGAUUUUGCCUUCUUGUGCUUUCAUUUUCUUUCUAUAAAAAGGCAAUAAUGAUAAUUUAUCAUGGUUUCCCUACCCAGAGAUAUCAAAAGGAUGCUACAGUGAAUGCUAAAGUGCCUUGAGCUCCUUAAGUAUGAGGUGCUAUAUAAAUAUGUUAAGAAUCUAUUUUCAGAAAAAAGGUAACAUUCUUUCCCACAUGGAUCCCUACUAAUUCUGUGUUGUGCCACAGGCAAUUAAGUGAUAGGAAAUGUGUAGCAAAUACAGGUCUGUGUCUGUGAAUUAUAGAGAUGUAUGUGACAAAUGGAAUCAGAAGGAAAUGAAAGCAAUAAUGAAAAAUUAUUUGGGGGACAUGAUAAAGAGAUUAUUAAACUUAUAUUUGACUAUACAA